CUGGCUGCGGUGACGGUGGCCAUGUGACCACGAGGCGUGACGCAUUGUGCAUGCAAUGGGCGCCUCCGCUGGACCGGUGGCCGGCGGGGUAUCGUCAGCUACUGUCUAGAGCGUACCCUGUCGUCGCGCUGCUUGCUGCUGCUUGCGUUAUUGAUAUGACCUUGCGGCCAGACAACGGCUACGCCGGGGGGUACUUGUAGAGAACGGAUGCGUGACGAGCGCUUGGCUCAACACUUUUCUGCGGUGGCCGACGGGACGGGCGCAGCAACAGGUUUCAUUAAAAUGUCUAAAACUUUGGAGAGAAAGUGCUCCGAGCGGCUCUGCAAAAACGGCGAAGUGAACAAUACCAGAUCUAGACUGCCAGAAGCUGCCGACAUAGUGGAAGUGCUCAAGAAAAGAUUAGCCUUCCUUUCAGGAGGAGUUGACAAAAAUGGCUGUACAUUACUGUGUGUACCUGCACCAUGUGAUGACUUCAUGUUGCAAGACUUCAGGGAAACACUAGUCUACCUUAGAGGACUUAUGGAUGAGGAUGAUGAUGGAAAAGUGACUGUGGUGGUCCAAGGAGACAUUGCUUGGGGCAAGAAACUUGAUUGUGUCAAGGCAACCAUGCAGGAAGUGCUGGGUUCAAGGUUGAACGCCAUCCUAGUCCACCAUCCACAGAAGACCUCGGAUGCCCGGUCGUCCUUCAGGGAAAAACACACCUCACUGCUGAAAAAUGUGACACAGCCCAAGCUGUUCAAGCUAGUCAGUCCGCUGCAAUUGACCCCCGAAUUCGGUGGUACCUUGCAGUAUGACCAUCUUGACUGGUUGAGCAGGCAGUUGGCUGUGGAGAAGUAUGUGAAGGAGGUGCAGCUUCUGGUGAAGCACACGGAUGGUGCACUGAGUACCUGCCGUAGUCAACAGGGGUCAUCGGCCAGGUCUCCUCGUAUCCCCCUCGAAAUUGGCCCUACAAUGGUGGAGGUGAUUGCCCGAACAAUCCAAAGUGGCCAAAGGUUGCUGGACAGCCUUCAGGUGGAUGUGAAGUUUGGCUUCAAGUCUCACUGUGGCCGGAGAAUGGCCAAGGAAAGGGCUACUGCCUAUCACAAGGUGAAAACUGCCCUGGACACCGUACUAGAGCUGCAACAGUCCUUCCAGGAAGAAUGGAACAAGGAGUUAGAGGUGCUGAAGAGUACUCAACUUCUGGAGGGAUUCUUUACUGAAGUAGACACACUCAUUGACUGGACUACAAACGAACAAAACAAUCUGAGGCAUUCACAGAACUAUUUUGACCUAGAACGAGCCAAUGCUGCAGCAAUGGAGAUCUUUGCCCGCUACUCCAAGCUACGACAAUGGUCAGCCAGCUUAUGCAAGGACGUGCCGUCAGAGGCAGACAGCAUAUGUGCUGCCAUGAACCGACUUGACCUGGCCUGCGAGGGCCUGACUUCUCAGUUCAGGGGACGCAGCAGAGAGGGACUCUCUCCGACUCUGGAUCAUGAAUUGCAGCAGUUUCUAGAGCUUGUCAGCACCACGGAGUCACGCCUGAGGGCUUCUUGCGACGAACCUGUCACUACAACAGCACAGGUUGAGAAACUUCUCACGGAGCUUCAAGAAACAGAGGUGAUGAUAGACGGCCAGCUGCAGGCCCUGCGGGACACCUUCCACAGCUAUGGUGAGAACACAGAGGGGGAAGUGUUCUGGCUUGCUCGUGAGCAGGUGGUGCACGUCAAGGGACAACUAGCCACUAGAAAGCAAGCCCUCAUUCAGGCAGGGCAGUUUCUUUGUUGCGAGGAAAAUGCGCUUCAGCUUGUUACGUGGCUCGACAAACUCGCUGUUCGCCUCCAACCCAAAUUUGGUCAGGACGACUACGAGCUGACAGCGGCAGAGCAUUCCAGGCUUGAUGAGCUGGCUCGUGGCACAUAUCAUUAUGGUUUGAGGCUCCUGGAUGAUGCUGUGAGGCUAAGGAAGCAGGUGUUUGCCGUGACAACACCCAGCAACCGAGUCGCGGAUGCUCUCUUCGAUGCAUGGAUGAAUUAUGUUGCCAUCUCCAAGAGCUUGAGAAAUCCACAGCGGGCCAGUACCCUUGGCACUGCUGGUGUCAGAGCAUCUAUCAGCUAGUAUGGAUAGACGGGAAUGGUGCCUCAACUGCUACUACCAAGGAACAAAACUGUGAGCAACGAGAGGGAUAAGGGAACAAUGCGUGGCGUUGGCUAUAGUGAGGCUCGUAGCCAGCCUCAACUUAUGAAACAAGCCCAUGGCACCUCCUGGUGGUGUACUGCGAGCCCAGUCCGAGGGGAGUCCUUCAAAGCUGCAGUCUCGGCACACCCAUGGACAGGCAACAAACGUCUUUAUUCAGCACAAACCAAAGAACGGGAGUAAGUAGCAGGGAGGAGCUACUUAAGCAGCAGCAGGAGCCAGUGGAGUGCAGCAAAAAGGCGCUGCUUCUCUCGUGGCACAGUCUUCGAGCUCAUCAUGCAGCCCUGCAAGUGUAAAUGGAAAAGCCACCGACAAAACCUGGGUGCAAACCUUGGUGCAGCUGCUGCAUUAGAAGAAAACUAAAGGCUGUACUUUGCCAUGCACGGCAUAGGACUUUGCAUUUGCUGUGUACAGCCAGUGCAAAACCUAGUUUCUGGGCAAUUAACACUACUACACAGAAACACCUUAGUCACUGAGAAGAGAGCAGAUCUUCCUCAUUUUUGAUCGCCCAUGACAAUGGGGGAAAAUUUUAUCACCCAUAUGUCAGCACUGUGCUGAAGAACCCGCAUAUCACUGCAAAAUUUGGUAUUCAUGCUCUGUCAAGCACUGCCAUCCUAACCUAUUAAUUAUAUUGAGCUAGCUCUUGCUUUUAGUGUCCCCUUAUUAAGAAGACUGUGAAAGAGAGAGAGAGAGAGAGGUUGGAGGUUAACAAAGGAGCUCUAGAAAAGCCCUAAGGAUUGCAUAAUGAGCAGUAUUGAAAAAUUAUAGGCUUAACAUUAAGAGACAGAAAGACAAUGGUGUAUAUUAGCGAGCAAAUUGGGUAGCCAGUAUUCAGUUGAAGAUUCAAAGAAAUGGAGUGGGGCAGGACAUGUAAUACUUAGGGAUAACUGGUGGUCUAUCAGAGCUGCAGAAUGUGGGCCAAAGAAGUGCAGUUCAUGACAGUGGAGAAUUUCAUGGUGUGAAGAAAUAAGGAAAUUUGCAGGCAUAACAUGGUGGCAGCUGCAUAUAAGACAGAGGUAAUUAGAGACUGUUGGGAGAGGCGUUCGUCCUGCAGAACAUACAUAGGCUUACGAUGAUAAAUGGAGAGAGCAGCUUACAGAAGGGCCACCUACAGUUUUCUCUAGCUGUAGCCAUCUCUGCUUGUUUCCUAGCCGCUUGCCAAAUUUGUAGAAUUCAUAGUUGAGCAGGUUAAUACUACUAGUUUACCAUGUCAUAAUGUGGAAGGGCAAGAUGUUUUCUGCAUUAAUGGCAUGUGAUACUUCGCCAGGUUUUGUGAAGUGAGAUCUCACUUUUUGCACUUGCCACUUGACAGAACUUGCUGCCUCGGGCAUUCUUUAUUUGCAUCAUUUUACUUGCAAUAGGAAGUUAUAUACAUAGUGCUUGCAGUUUGUGAAGUCCCCAUGUCUGCAACCUCCCGUCUAUCAUGUGGGCUUGUGAGGUGCACUUUUACUUGGUAUUUUACAUCUAACAGAAAGUUAUACUUGCUGUUUGUACUGGUUUGUGUCACCCUGUUUGAAAACCUCGUGUUUGCCAUCCCUCUCAUCGCACAAGAAAAAAAGGCAUGCAGAAGACACAAAAAUGGUGUGCACCAAAAUGUCGGAGGCAACAGCCACGAUUCACCGAGCGCAUGCUUGAUGGAACCACAAUAUUGCGCCUCAUUAAACACAGAGGUCUCAUGAAGGCACAGAGCACUGCACCUUGCUAGCACAAGUUCAUCAACACCCGCUUGAAACAACAAUUGAUCAUAUUGUGCGCAUGUAUUAGCAGCAACGUGUGAAAGAGAGGCAUGAACUUGCUAUCACAAGUCUCUUCAGUAGCAGUUUCAUUGAAAGAGCAUUUAGUUUGUUGUUGUUGUUGUUGUUGUUGUUUUCGCAUUGUCUAGUUCUCGCGUUCGUUGAUAGCAAGUACAACAGAAACCUUCGAACAUCAACGAAGACCUUUCACUGCUGUGUAGCAUUAUGUCUUGCAAAAGUGAAAGUAUUCCUCAAUGUGAUGGCUCACUGUGGCCCUCCAUUUCUCCUGGGACUUGCUCUCUGUUUGUGCUAUUUCAAAACAAGUUGGUGUCGUGUGACUGCAAGGGCUCUUACACCUUAGUGCAUAACGACUACAUGUCCCUAACGUUAUUAAAGUUCAAGCCAUGAAGCAAGAUUUGGGUACAGGCUAGUUGGUAGUCCAUUGUUUCAAACAUCACUUACAGGGCAUACAAGGACAAGAGACCAAAAGAACGACGAAGACAAGCGCUUGUCUUUUGGUCCCUUGUCCUUGUAUGCACUGUAAGCGAUGUUUGAAUUAAGCCAUGAGCUGGUUAUUGCUGCCAUAAAGGAUGGGCAAUCACAUUCCUUUGACAUCAGCAUAUUUCUUGUCUUUGUAAUAACCUUGUUGUGUUUGCCAACUGGGAGAAAAAAAAAACUUGCUAUAGAACAGCACGAAAGACACAUAUAGGGGGUUGCUGCAGUAACAGAAAAGUGUAUCGUACAUGCAGAAAAGACAAAAGUAUCUGAUAUUGUUGAAGUAAGUGAACUUUGUGGAGCAUUAUUCUGCAGGUGUACACUUGGAAAUUAUCAAGAAUGAAGAUCCUUGCUUACUUAUAAGUGAAGCACAGCAUUAACUAAGCAUGGAAAAGUGGUGAUUGAGUCAGUGCUCCCUUUCACAAACAAUUGUUCACACCAAGCAACCAUGCCUAUUGUUGUAUUUUUGAAGUUAUAGGGAAUAGCAUGUCGUCUGCAUCAGCUUGCAUCUGCUGACACAAUGCUUCUAUGUAUAGUAUAUGACAGGAGUGCUAAGUGGGCUCAGAAAGGGAGAUUUGUUAUGUCAUGGUCUCACCUCCUCUAGAUGUAUGGAAAGAUAUUUUUGUCUUGGCUCCCAAGUCCUUGUUCCUUUCUUUUUUAUUCUUUUAACAGAAACAUUGUGUUGCUGUUGAUUGAUAGGUGAUACAGUCUUCACAUGCCCAACUUGUAGCAUGUAAUCAAGUGAGCAUAUAAAACUUCUUAUUGGGGAUCGAUAGCGACCAUUGAAUGGCUAGUAUUGAGCUAAUGAGAUUUUGUGGUGUGGCAGAAGUGAGGAUUGAGGACAGGCACUGAAAUAUAGUCACCAGUACAGAUUAAGUAUAGAUAGCACUAGCAGGGUGGUUCUAUUGGCCUAACACUCACUCAUUGCUGUGAGCUCAUCUGAGCUCGGCAUCGUUUUCUCUGUAGGAUUUUAUUGAAUAUUUUAUAAUUUGACAAGCUCAUAAUGUGGUGCUUUUCAGCUGAUCAUGUGAGAUAUGAAUUCACGAUUGAGAUUUUAUGGUUGAGGGACAGAUCCGGACUGCAAGUUUUAGAAGUGCGUUCAUUGGGGUGACUAUCUAGAUGUGAAUGCUGUUGACUAGCACAAGAGGAGGUGGGUGUGCUAGUUUUAAGGCCAGAUCAGUUUGUGCUAGUUUCGCUCUAGUAGAUGUGUUGACAGGUAUUGAGUGACCGAACUGCAACAUUCCAUUCAUUUCACAAUUCCUUUGCAUUGUAAAAUCACUGGCAUCAUUCACCUUGUUUAGAAAUAGACGAGAUGAUUCCAAUCUGCUGUGAAGGCUCAGAUGCUACAACACUGUGCUGCUGAGCGCAAGGUUACACUUUCAAUUCUUUGUUGCCACUACUACAUUCUAAAAGGGGGUCAAGUAAUACGAAAACACCCUUGUGAAGAUAUGGAACACCUCAGUGCCUGUUUCAUAGGGCCAUUUUUUAAGUUCUAUCAAGUCACUGGCCUUCAACAUUCUUAAGCUUUGUCGAACUCAAAGGAGUUAUGCCUCGGUUAUGUCUCAUAAUCUGGCACCGAGCACUUGUGGCAGCAUACUUUUUACUUUUUUUUAUUUUUAUGUGUUUAUUUUUGUCGAAUGUUUUUUAAGCUAUUGCAUAAUUCAUAUAGAAUAUAUUGCAAAAUUUUUCUGCGCAUUCUUCAUGGAUUUGGGUCAGUCCACAUCUGCUUGGCUGCUGACUCACUAGAAUAUCGGUGUGUGGGCUUUUGAAAUGGUUGUUCAAAACCGGUCUAAAGAACUGCACGUGGUAGAUGAAAUUUCCGUGGAGCCCCCUUCCACAGCACCCCUGACUGUCGAGGUGUAUGUAUAGGGCAUGAAAUUUAAGUCGGUUGUUCUGCCAAGUUUACUUUGAUAAUAUUUUACCUGUGGUAACUUUAAUAGCUUCAUUUGUACAUGAUAGGAAUUUUGAUUAUCUAGGUAGGACACUAGUUGGGCUAGUCAUUAUGGUGUUGCUUUUGCAAGGUUAUGAAUGAGAAUGGAUGAAAGGCAGAGCGAGGAAAUAUACUGGCAAGGGUGCUGGCAUCCUUGUGUGUUCUGCUUCACUGCGCAUGUGACCACUUCCAUUUGUGCCUGUGCUUGCUGGGUUAUGUUAGGGUACUCGAAGUUAAUGUGUUAUUAUGUUGAUUUAAUCAUGUUCCAAGAAUGCACUAGUACAUCUUGUAUCGUUGUGGAAUUUCAAGACCUGUUCGGCACAGGUUUUCUAAUAAUUAUUGACAUAUUGAUAAUUUGACGUAGGGAAUUUUUAAAAUUUCUCACAGAACAAAAUUUCAUAAAUUAAUUAUUUUACUUAUGUGUCGUGCUAUUUCUUGUUAGCUUACUGGUGUGACAUUUUGUGUGCACCCUUUAUGUGAAGGGCCUCAAGGUGUUUGUACGGCUUGCAGAAAAUGUUGCACUCAUUUUCUCUUUUCAUAUUGGCCCACCUGAAGUGCUUCCAUUAUCUCUGUAUCUCUGUAAUACAGCAGCUUACAUUAGCUGUGAGCUUGUCACUGUGAACUGUUAUUCUAUAGAAUGGCAAGUAAUCGAUGACAUUACAAAAAACAAAGCUGCUGAAUGGUCUAUGCUUGAAAUACGUAGGGGUGUGUGAAUAGCAAUUUUUCUGACCAAAUUAAAUAUGCCAGAGGUGAAUUAAAUUCGAUGCUGGAAUACCUUUAGAAUAUAUUUUCACAUAAAGAACAGCUGUUUUCACCAUUAAUAUAAUACAGUGUUUGCAUUUUGAAAGUUCAGUGCAGCUACGCGCAAAGAAAUGAGCAAGUCGACACGAUGUUCACAUCCUAGUAUAUUCACAAGGUUACCAGGUGUCAUUACAUUGCAUGUUAUGAAGCACUUUUAGUAAAUGAACAAAUGAAUUAUUAGUAAUAAAUGAGCAGUUUGUUUCACAUAUGCACGUGAUUGCAGUUCAAAAGGAAAAGUGUGGCUCCCUGAGCAAUGUAGUGUGCUCCACCACAUAACUUGUCCUGGUUUACAUUCUAGGCUGCUGUUUUACAAAUGUUUUACAUUUAAUCCAGGCUAUUGCAGCCUGAAUUAAGUUUAUCACAUCUUUGCUCCUGUUUUGUGUUUGACUGCACCCGCUUGAGGAAUUUAAAUACUUGCCAUGUGUUCGAAAAGAUUCAUAUUUAAUAAUAUGACUAUUAUAGUUGAACCUCGAUAUAACGAACUUCGAUGUAACGAACUAUUUUAGUUUCCCAAUCUUCGGUACAUUGAAAACUGUGUAUUUUUCUCCGAUUUAACGGAAGUAAUUUCUUGACGUGACACGAUUUCGAUUUAACAAAGUUUUCGGCUAUUUCAAGCAUGAUCUUGGAACCUGUAUGACUAGUUAUCUAGCAAAAAAGCAUAAAAAUGUCGGCAGAGGCAAAAGUUAUUUUCAAACGUCUUUCUUCAUGAAAAGUUUGAGUGGCAAAAGAACCGUCAAAGUGCGCAUGACGGUACGCGGUAGAGAGGAAACACCGCUGUGCCAUUUGUCGCAUUGGUAAACAACGGCGCAGCAGCUCACAGCGCUUGGAGAAAUGCAAGACCUGACAAUGCCUUCUGCAGAGCGAGGGAUGGGGAGGGAGAGAACACACGGUAAUGUAAUAAGCACACUAUGGGGGGGUUGAAAUUGUCGGUGUUUUCAUGCGCAUUUUAUUGUUCCCACACGUCUAAUGUUGGCAGGUGCAUAAUCUCACGUUUCCAAGACACCACGUGAAGUGCUCGCUCGCGUUGUGAGUGACUGCGAGUUCAUAGUCAUCGAAUCAGAUCUGUUAAUGUUUGCCUGAGUGCGCAUGACACUGAUAAAGCUAUGAACCUUAUCUUGUGUAGUUGUCUCUUUGCACUUGUCAUCAGUGCUCGGACUUUCUGGCUAAACUGACUUGUGCGUACUGUGUACCAGUGUGCAAUCUAAGUGGCACUAAUACUGCGACAACGUCGUUUAAUUUGCGGGCGGCAGCUGCGGGCACUAAGCGCAGUUAAUCAUGGUGUCCAAAAUUUACGGCACCGCACGACGCAACAGAUGCAUAUCUCGGACACCAUAAGCCUCGUCGAUGCACCGAUUCCAUCACAAUCUGCACCGCAUGCGCUGGCGCUCAUAACCAUGCUAUUAUGGUCCGACCUUCUUGCAAUUUGUUUAUAAGCACUUGCUAACAAUAUACUAUCCACCAGAAAUGCUCUGGAAAUUUGUGAAUUUGUUUUUAAUGCUAAAACUUUCAAACCUCGAAUUAACGAAAUUCACUAUUUAAAGAAGUAUUUUACUGCACAUACAACUUCAUUAUAUCGAGGUUUGACCGUAUUCAAUUGCACACUAAAUUAAGUAUUUAUUCAUUAGUCUGAAGUUCUGAAUAUUCACACACCCCUAGAAAUCCUAAUUUCUUGAAUAUAAUGCUUGCAAAGCUAGCUUUCCAGGAACUCAUGUGCCAUCAUAGCUGUACUGAAACUGCUGCACAAACAUGUCGCAGAAACUGACGUCUUCAUAAAAGGCAUUUUUUCAGCAGGUAAACACAUCAGGAACUUGUAGUUAAAGAGUUAGGGGAAACUGCACAAAACCAUGCAGUGGAAGGUAGGUGAGAUAGCAGCAACUACUGCCAGAAACAUGGCAGGUACUGGCUUGAUUCAUUUUUAAAGCUCACCAUAGUGCUCACCACCACACAUUUACAAUCGGAGCAGGAUUAUUAAUGAAUGUAUGGAGUCUAAUGAAAACACAUGUUGUGAGAGUUCUUAUUCGGGUACUUGGCUUGACACAAGGCUGCAGAACCAAUCGGUGUAUGCACAUUGAGUGCAAUAAUUUUCUUUGCAGCACAAAUUAUGCAGACUAUUCACAGAUAGGUGAAUGUGCAAGGUUGAGACGAUACCUGUUCUGUUUGAUGUAAACUCUGGCCUGAAAAUACAAACGCAGUGUACUUGAGAACACAUUAUGUUACGUGGAAAGCACACAUCGUUGCAAUGUGCCCAAGGGCCCAAUAUGUGCUCAGUGUGUGGAUCAGGGGCUGAAUUCUGCUGAAUCUGCUGAAUUCGAAACAACCUGCUGAAUUCAAUGGCACCCAUGUGAACUGCUUGCAUACCAACUUUGACACACGCUACAUUCCAGAAAGUAGCAUGAGCACAUGAAAAACGACAUGUUUGGUCAGACUUUUAAGAUGUUUCCUGGUAAGCUUGUUCAUAUUACAGUCUUGUUUUAAAGCAAGUGUUAUGCUGCAUUACGUUGCUAAUUUGUUAUGGAGAAUUUUGCCUAAGGUUCGAGAAUGUUUGCCUUUAUCAUUGUGAUAUCAGGACAUGCAAAAAAAGCACUCUUGCUUUGUUUAUGUUUUUCUUUUUGUAAGCUGUAUUCGCACUUUUAGCAGUGCUGUAAUAUGACAGUCAUUGUUGAAGUCACGACCAUGUGGCACAUUUAGUCUUGUUUUUUAUGUGUAUUUUUAGUCUCUGCUGCUCAAUGAUAACUGCUUUACACUGUUAGUAUAAACAUACUGUGAUCGCACUUGUAGCCUGAAUGCUAGUUACUUUUGCACCUGUAUUUAAGUAAUGUGCACGGAAUAAAGCUCAAGUUAUAUUGUUCA